GUGAGUAGUAAAUAAUUAAAAAAACUGUGAAGGAACAGAAAAGCAUGGACUGGUAGAUUUGCCUAACUAUAAACCCUUCGAAAUAUUCAAACACCAAAACCCUGACAGCAGACCUCAGAUUUUAGCAUCUGGGCUCUCAAGGUUUGCAAUAAUUACCAGAGAGCUUGAAGAGUGCUGAUGGGACAUGCUGAUGGUCUAUCAGAACCCGGGUCAUCAAGCAAUCACCUAAUUGCCUAUCCUGAAUCGGUGUUGGAUGUUGAGGACGAAGAAGAACAGAUACUGUAUGUAGCUUCCUUUGAAGAACUUGCGGGAAAUCAUGUUAAAUAUGACACCAUUAUAUGGGUUUCUAUAUCUUUGUUGCUGGUUUUAGCUUGGGGGAUUGGCAUUAUUCUGUUGCUAUGUUUGCCCAUAAGACGAUGCCUGCUUCAAAAGGAUAUUUCCUCGCGCAAACUAUAUGUUACAGCUAAUGAAAUAGUUUACAAGUUUUCAAGACCUUCGAUUCUCUUUUGGCGUGUUACAACAAUUGAGAAGCGCACUCCACUUUCCUCGGUGAUUGAUAUCAUCAUUGAGCAAGGUUGCUUGCAGUCUGUUUAUGGACUCCAUACAGUUAGAGUUGAAAGCAUUGCUCAUGGAAAAGCUGCACCUGUCGAUGAAUUACAGGUUCAAGGUGUUGCUGAUCCUGGAGUUUUGAGGAAGGUGAUAAUAACUGAAGCUUCAAAGAAUGCACAGGAUUUUGGGAAAGGUUGCAAACCUACUCUCACUGGUGAAGAGGAGAGGCUGUCUAGAGGGGGAUCAUUGAGUGAGGGACCAGUUAUCUUUAAAUCACCAUCCAAAAGCUGGAAGAUUACAGGCUCACCGCGCUACACUUCUCUGGAGCAUAGAGGUUUAAUACAAGGGGAAGUGCUGCUAAAUAAACUCGAAGAAGUCAGUAAAUCAGUAAAGAAAAUUGAGUCGCAUAUUAAGAAGUCCCAGGCUUCCCCAGAAAGCCGUUGAAGUGGAGCAAGGCCCUUUUGGAUUGGAUCAUCAAAUCAGACGCUUCCAUUAGAGAAACUUCAUAACUAACCCCCACACCCCCCCGCCCUUGCAGAAAGAAAUGGUCGUUGCUUGGAGAGCAACAGCCGGGUCCGGAUCUGAUCUAUCUACUCGGCAAUUCAUCCGGUGACUUCACGGGGUCGCCAAAGAAGCCCCGCCAACCAUCGUUGGACUCUUUGUAUGAAUAAUUCAGUUGGGUUAUUGUUUUCAAUGCUCUUCGAACUUCAGCCAGUUAUUGGCUUUUGCUUCCAUUUCGGGAAGCUUUCAUGUGAACACAACUAUUGUUUGAACAAUUGCAUUGUUCACUGUUUACAAUGAUUCUAAUUUGUUGCGUGAAAA